CAGAGCGGUGUUCGCGGUGAACAUGGCCGCUUUCCGUGUGCUUAGGAGGUUGUGUUCCAGCGCAGCGCGCAGUAAGGGCACGAGGUGGGAGCGGCUCAGGAACAGCCGCCUCGGGCUAUGGUGCGCUAGCUUGCUCGGCGAUUACAGGGAGGCUUGUCGCGAAGUGGUUGUCGGGGCCUGGGAACGACCGCUGAAGGCCUCCGCCUACAUCGGCCUGCUUGCCGGAGCAUGGGUCUCAUACCGCACCAACCCAGAUGACGGCUCCUUCGAGAGCGGCCUGCUUGAGAUGGCCAAUAAGCUGGGCCUGCUGUCGCCGUGGAUACGAAGCGGCCCUUCCGACAGUCACGUGCAGGGCCUUUUGCAGCUGCGAAACCAGGGCCGGCUGAGGUACGCCAGUCUCGGCGUGGCCUCUGUGAUGUACCGUGCCGACUACGACCCAGCAACCGGCCUGUACGAGGCGCGCUGCUCCUUCCUCUCUGCACCCUGGGCAGAGCUGCCGGGCCGUGUACUGGAUGUGGGCUUCGCAGGGCGCUGGUGGCUCCUGGAUGCGCGGAUGAGGGACUAUGAUGUGAACGAGGAGGAAUUCCAGCACCUGCCCCCGGCGCUGUUGGCGACAGCGCCUCCCGCUGCCCGUGAGACUGAAACGAACGAGCAGCUGCACCAGGAGUCGUGGAAGGCGCUGGAAAUGAAAGCGGAAGACAUAGAGCAGGCAGAGCAUGAGGAGAGGAGAGAAGGAGGCAGGAUACAGUCAUGAUGGACACUCGGAAACGUGCACUUGAACUUGAUCCCAGCACAGAUGUUGCUCGGCGAGUGAAAGUGUAGCACUCUUUGCAUUUCAGUGGCUUUGGUGUUAGAUGUUCUUUGAAGGUGAUCUGUUCCAAGUGCCAGUUCUCUGACGCGUGGUGAUCGACAGAUGAUUUAGUCUUUCUUUUUUUGGUCCGAUAAUAUGCGUAGGUCCCUGCUGCGGCGUGGAAGACAGUGCAGAGAUGCCCGUUCUAACCUCGUGAAGCUGUCGGCUUCACAGCAGGCAUCCACAAAGUCUCUGCUCUAUAAAAAGUGUUACGAGUCUCCCAGAGUGAGUUUUGCAUUAAGCAAAGUGUAUUGCAUGUGCAGGUCAGUUGCGCAGU